AUGGGCCCUUUGAUGAGCCCCGAGACAGCACCGCCCAAGAAGGAGUGCGGCGCUGCGGCUCGAAAACGCGGAUGGGUCGACUGCUGGAAGGAGGUGCCUUUGCAAGGAGCGGUUGACAGUGUCAGAUAUAUAAAGCGCUUGAGAUCCUUUGACAUGUCUCUAAUGAUCGACGACCAGGCACUUGACAUCUUCCUUAAGUCUCCUGUCACUCAGGACAUGAUCCACCACUUGGUCACGGUGACUUUGCAGGUCCUACCAUGCGAGUCGGCCAAGACCAUCACACAGAAGCUGCCUUCUCCACCAGACUCUCCGCCGGUUCUGAAGACGAAGCCGCUGCCUUCGCUCAUGACAUUCAUCACCAAACUCGUUCGCCAUACCAACGUUUACACGGGAACACUGAUGUCGACCAUUGUGUUCCUCAACAGACUCAAGUCCAAGCUUCCAAAGGACGCUCAGGGUCUGCCGUGCACACGCCACCGCAUUUUCCUCGCGUGUCUGAUCAUCUCGUCCAAACACCACAACGACUCGUCUCCAAAGAACAAGCACUGGAGCAAGUACACCGAGGGUUUGUUCCGCAAGGAGGACGUGAACCUGAUGGAACGGCAGCUACUGAUGUUACUGGACUGGGACUUAAGAAUCAGCAAGGAAGAGCUCCUGCGGGUCUGGAAGCGCUUCCUUGACCCGCUUCGGGCAGAGCUACGCAAACAGGAGCGGACCAGAAAGAGAAGCGUUUCUCCGUCUCCUGUUCGCGUGCUGACGCCGCCACACUCGCUCAGCAGCUCGCGCUCCUCCUCGGUCUCGUCGCUGGAUACCCUCCAUUCGAGAGCAUCGUCUGUUUCGAGCACUUCGAGCCAGAUCUUGGACGAUGUUUCUCUUGGAAAGAUGAUCGAUACCGUUGCUCAGCGCGAGGAGCAGGAGCUCAACAAUUUAAUGAGACAGUACUGUUCUGUCUCUUCGCAUCGCAUUGAACCAAUUGGAAUUAGAUAG